UUGCCUUCCUUGUUCACAAAGCCACUCUGAAAGAGCUUGGCAAAGAAACAUCAACAGAAGAAGACGUAGUAGACUCUAGAUAAUGGAAGCUUCAAAGACCGUAGCACACGAAAUCGGUGGGAUCCAAAACGAUGCGCUUCGGUUCGGCCUUAACGGAGUGAAGAGCGACAUCGUCGGAUGUCAUCCUCUCGAAGUCGCAUAUGGAACUAUACUGAAAAAUAAAGAAGACGUGAAGAGACAAAUCCUUGCAAAUACCUAUGGGUCAGCUCUCCCAUUGAAGAUGGAUCUGGACAAGCAAGUUCUUUCAAAAUUCAGAAGGCCACCAGGGGCUAUCCCAUCUUCCUUCCUAGGUUUGGAGGCUGCUACUGGGGAUAUGGAGGAUUUUGGUUUCGAGCAUUAUCUGAACGAUCCUCGGGAAUCUGAAACUUUCGUGCCGGUAGACAUGCAUCAUGGGAUGGAAGUUCGCCUUGAUCUUUCCAAGGGACCUGCCUGCAAAAGCUUCAUGUAAUGUAGGCAUCUCAUGUAACGGAUUUAAGUGUUAAAUAAUUGUCAUUUGACGAUGUUUAAUGGAUUUCAUGCUUUUUCGAAAUCGAGAUAGUUAGAAGUAUAUGUUUUCUGAACAUCAUAGAAGAGUCUGACUUUAAAGUUUGCAUGGCCAUGUUGUUCGUUAGCGUGUAUGAAUGGCGAUGUUGCGACUUUGAAAAACUUAUUUGGUAUCUUGUUAGUUGUUACUCCGAUUUUCCUU